AUGAUGGCGCGCUGGGGUGGCCUGGCGCGGGGCUACGGGGGCUCGCCCGCGGAGGCGCCCAGCGAGAUGAAGUGGAAGUGGCUGGCCAGCCACGGACACGAAAUCAACCCCUGCAACAGCGAGCUGCACCCGGCGGCGGUGAUGGCGGGCAUCGCCCCCGCCGGGGAGCAGAUCAGCGUGCAGGAGGCGUACACGCCGCUGAGCAAGUGCUUCGGUUGUGGUCCGUCAAAUCCCAGCGGCCUCCAGCUCAAGUCCAUGAGGACGGAGAGGGGCCUGGAGGGGCAGGUCACCAUCCCUGACAUGUUUCUGGCAUUUCCUGGGGUCACCAACGGGGGAGUCGUGUCAUCCAUCCUGGAGUGCCACGGCAACUGGACCGCAGCCCUGGAGCUCAUGGACAAGGCGUGCCUCCCGCGCCCUCCACUCACGCUCACUGCAUCCAUCUUUGUCUCCUACAAGCAGCCAACGCCUGCCAACGAGCCCCUGGUGGUCCGGAGCCAGGUGGUGAGGAUCAUCGACACCGGGACUAUUGGCCUCACCAAGCAAGCCGUCGAGGUCGACCUCCAGCUCUUCUCCACUCGCACCAAUGGGCAUGAGGAACUGCUGGUCUCGGCAGAGGGAUUGUUCAAGCGACAGGGGGCAACACGCGCACUAUGA